AUGGGUGCCAGAAGUAGACGUAGACAGUCGCCCAAGUCUACUACCCGAGCGCCCCCCAAGGCAGCCGACGGAAACAUGAGCAGCGGCCUCGAGAUGCGCCGCAAGGGCGGCAGCCAUCCGGACGCCAGCAACGUCACCAGCAACUACAUGUCGCGCGAGUCCUUCACGCUCGACGACGAGCCGCCCAAGAAGGGCGGCGGCGGCGGCGACGCGGGAGCGAGCGACGUCGGCUUCUUCGACCUCCCGCGCCAGGACAAGCGCAGCUUCCUGCUGCUCGUGAUGCUAUACUUCCUCCAGGGCAUCCCGAUGGGUCUGGCCAUGGGGUCGGUGCCGUUCCUGCUCAAGAACCACCUGUCGUACGGCGAGAUCGGCACCUUCAGCCUCGCGUCGUACCCUUACUCGCUCAAGCUUCUCUGGAGCCCGUUCGUCGACGCCGUGUGGAGCCCCAGGAUGGGCAGGCGCAAGACGUGGAUCGUGCCCAUCCAGUUCAUGUCCGGCUUCGGCAUGCUCUUCCUCGGCUCGCGCGUCGAGCAGCUGAUGGCCACGACGGGCAAGCCGGGCGGGAUGACGGUCUGGAACUUUAUGCUCUGGUGGUUCUUCCUCGUCCUCAUGUGCGCCACGCAGGACAUCGCCGUCGACGGGUGGGCCCUGACGCUGCUCACGCCCGGAAACGUGUCGUACGCCUCGACGGCCCAGACGGUCGGCCUGACGGCCGGCCACUUCAUGUCGUACACCGUCUUCCUGGCCCUCAGCACCCCCGACUUCGCCAACAAGUGGUUCCGCGCCGUGCCGCGCGACGACGGCCUCGUCUCCCUGGGCGGCUACCUCACCUUCUGGGGCUGGGCCUACAUCGCCGUCACCGUCGGCCUCGGCUUCCUCAAGCGCGAGGACAAGUCGCGCAACGAGGACGGCGUCUGGGACGUCUACCGCACCAUGUGGGGCGUGCUCAAGCUGUCCAACGUCCAGGCCAUCAUCCUCGUCCACCUCGUCGCCAAGAUCGGCUUCCAGGCCAACGACGGCGUCACCAACCUCAAGCUGCUCGACAAGGGCCUCGGCAAGGACAACAUGGCCCUCACCGUCCUCAUCGACUUCCCCUUCGAGAUCGCCGUCGGCUACUACGCCGGCAUGUGGUCGCAAAAGUACAGCCCCAUGCGCCUCUGGUCCUGGGGCUUCGUCGCCCGCCUCGUCGCCGCCAUCGUCGCCCAGCUCACCGUCGCCAUGUUCCCCGCCACUGGCGUCACGCCGGGAUACCUCGUCGUCGUCAUCCUGUCCCACGUCUUCUCCACCUUUACCAACACCGUCAUGUUUGUCGCCAUCUCUGCCUUCCACGCCAGAGUGUCGGAUCCCGCCAUCGGGGGGACAUAUAUGACUCUGCUCGCAACCGUCUCCAACCUCGGCGGGACAUUCCCCCGCUUCUUCGUCCUCAAGAUGGUCGACUCCUUCACGGCAGCAACAUGUCGCCCCGGCGGCGGAGACGCAACCAGUCUCCUAGAUGGUAAGCCCCUCAUCACCGAGCCCUUCUCGUGCUCCUUGCAAGGCGAGAAGGAGAGGUGCGAGCAGGGCGGCGGUUUCUGCCAAACCGACCGCGACGGGUACUACACUGUCAACGUGCUGUGCGUGCUGUUUGGCGCUGCGACGUUCAUAUGGUACAUCAGGCCCAAGGUCAUGCACCUGCAGGGUUUGCCGCUCAGAGCGUGGAGACUAUCCGGCCCGUCCAAGUGA